GUCUAAGUGAUUAAAAACCUCCAACGUCAUAUAAUUCAGAUUCCAAAGAAUAAAACUUGACUGAAUAUCGCCAUACAGGUUUCAAUUGCUAUUCAUAUAUUCCAGAAGGUCUACUGAUUAAUACACAAACUACAGAAUAACUGUUUACUUGCAAUAUGAGAGAUUAUAAAGUGGUUGUCUUAGGAGCUGGUGGUGUUGGUAAAUCCUCAGUGACGGUUCAAUUCGUACAAGGGGUUUAUGUGGAAAGUUACGAUCCAACCAUUGAAGAUUCUUACAGAAAGCAAAUCGAAAUUGAUGGUAGGGCUUGUGAUUUAGAAAUUUUAGAUACAGCUGGUGUUGCUCAAUUCACUGCAAUGCGUGAAUUAUAUAUUAAAUCUGGUAAAGGAUUCUUACUUGUAUACUCUGUUACAGAUGAAAACUCAUUAAAAGAAUUGUUAGCAUUAAGAGAACAAGUUUUACGAAUUAAAGAUUCUGAUAAUGUACCAAUGGUUUUAAUUGGUAAUAAAUGUGAUUUAAAAGACGAUCGUGUCUUAAGUAUAGAAGAUGGGAUCAAAGUUUCUCAAGAUUGGGGGUGUGUUCCAUUCUAUGAAACUAGUGCUAUGUAUAAGACAAAUGUUGAUGAAUCAUUUAUCGAUGUUGUUAGACAAAUUAUGCGUAAAGAAGCAGCCAUAAAUGCUGAAAAGAAACAACAAAAACAACUUCAAAAGCAAAAUGCUUUGGAGAAUCUGGGAGUGAAUGCUUCAGAAAAUACCAAGGACAUAAAUGAUGAUACUGAUAAACUGGCCAAAACUUCUCGAAAUAAACAAAAUCUGUCAAAUGGUGAAUUUGAAGAUGGUAAGGAAAAAUCCGGUUCAAAAUGUUGUGUUAUAAUGUAAAUUCAUGACAGAAAUCAAAAACAAAUAAAUACCUCGACGAAUACGUUUGAUUUCCUGCUUCCUCUUUUUAUCUAGACUUAAGUUCCCUUAUUACUUGAUUGUUUAAUUUGUUGUGAGAUAUACUUCCCGG